AUGGCGGGAGCUUAUAAGGGUAUGUUUCCUGAUAAUUUAAAAAUAGCCCGGACGAUACCCAUAUACAAGAAAGGGGACCCUUCACUCCUGAGACCGAUAUCUAUCCUCCCAUCUUUCUCCAAGGUGAUAGAGACCAUUAUGAAAAAACAACUAAUAGCCUACUUGGAAGGUAAUGCCAUUCUGAGGGAAGCCCAACACAGAUUCAGAGAUUUUACUGAAGUAUUGAAAGACUGCAGUGUGUGGCUUGAGUCAGUUUUGAACCAAUGGCACAAAAAUAUUCUCUUUGACGAUGUUAAAAAAUUCAGUGUUUGUUUGUUUGGUAUCGUUGGCUCUACACCUUUUGGAUUCACAACAAUAAAGCAUAUGUUACCAAAGAUUAAAGAAUUCAUCUCAAAAAGAGAGGUUCAAAAUUCCUCCAUAUUACUACCACUACUGGAUGUUUUACGGAUGUUGAUCAAUCAUGAUGAAGGUUUGAGCUGGGUGUUGGAUUCAGGUGCUUGGAAAGAUGUCAUACAAUAUUUCUAUGAAGAUAACAGCAUUUAUUCUCACCGGUCUGAAGUUCUGUUCAUUGCUGCUCUUCUCAGCAAACUCAACAAGCACAGUAUACAUGGUGUUGAUAUCUUAAACUUCAUCCUUGAACCAAAUACAUCCAACUGCAGUAUACAUGGUGAUGAUUUCUUAAAUUUUAUCAUUGAUCCGAAUGCAUCAAACUGCCUGCUGACCCUUAAAACAUUGCCGGAUUCAGAGUCUCAUGUGAUUUCGUAUAGUUUGGUUAUAGAAUGUGAACAAAGUGAAUAUAAUGAUCACAAAUAUGAUGUCAAAGUAAAACAUAUGUUAAUGGUUUCAAAGUUUCUUCGUGAAAUUGUGGAUGAGCUGAAUUCUAUGGGUUCAGAACUACCUGUGAAAUUGAGAUGCCAAUUCGCUAGAUGCCUCCCAGCUACUAUAAAUGCCCAGGAUUAUCUAGAGUUCAGUAAGCUGCUUGUAACUCUGGCAUGUUCUAAUGUUACCCAGAACGCUCUCUCUAGCCAAAAGACACUGUACCUUGUUGACAAUAUAUUAUUUGAUGCUAUUAAGACAUUUUCAUGUCUGAGACAAUAUAUUUUUCUCAUGAACCUGGCUGUUUUUUACUCCGGCUGUUUCUAUAAAUAUUUGGCUAGAUGUCAGGAUAGCUUUUUCCUUGACCUGGAACAACGUAUAAUUUCCUUAUUGACUUUUUUUCUGUGGUCCCACCCCCUUCAGAACGAAUCGUCUGGCAACAAAAUCAUCAUAGGCGGAACGGAUGUCAUAAAGUAUUUGGAUAUCAAAUCAUGUAGUACGCCAACACUUGUACAAUGUUUUAAUGGGGCAGUUAAUGCCUUAGAGGGUUGCCAAAGGAAAUCUCUUCAUGAAAAAACUAAAAGCAUAGUGUUCAAGGAACUCAUAUCAUGCGUUAUUAGAGUGUUGCAAGAUCCAUGUUGUGACAGGAAUGGCACUUUUUUCACGCAACUCAAAACACCCCUUCUACGAAUGAUUACUAUUGCCAAUGAACUUGUCAAAACUUGCUCACACCAAGACAUCUUAUGGCUGGUAGAAGUUAUGGAAAAACUCUUAUUAGCUACAAAGGGUGAUGUUAGGAUUACUGUAAGCACUCUCCAACUUUUAAAGAACAUAAUAAACGUAGAGUUCGCAUUCCACAUAGUAGAAGAUCUUUGUGAAGUAAAUAUGUACAAUUUGUUCUGUUUUUUAAAGCAGAGUUUAAAUGACUCUUUAAGUUGGGAGGUACGAGACACAAUACUAGAAGUUUUUCAAUCUGCUGUUCAAGUUGGAGACAGAGGUUGUAUGCCAGAAAAUACUUUUACGGAUAUUUUAGAUAAAGAUAUUUUCCGUACUAUUUUGAAACUAUCCACUAAAGAUACUUCGUCUUAUGUUAGAAGUUCUGCACUGAAGGUUUUGACUAAAGCUGUGACUACCAAGAACUACAUAGUUAGAGACGCAAUAGAGGAGCUGUGUGACGUAGCAUUUACAAUGUUGUUGGAAGAUGAGAUGCCUGAGCCGAGAAUGGCAGCAUGUGAUCUACUCUCCGCAAUGUAUCAUGCUGACCUUCUCAACAGUGUUUGCAUGCAAGAGAAGCUGUUUGAUACAGUUUUUACAUGUUCAACGAAGGAACUGGACUGGGAAGUGAAGAAAGCAACGUUGAGGUUUUGGCAAAGCACUGUCGUCAAACAGUUGUCGGACAAAGGCGUUCCUAUCGAUUCAUUCUACCUGCACCCUUCCAUUACCCCGAAAACUGAAGAUGGAGUUUCAAAAAUAAUCGAGGUCAUGGAUGUUCUGAGUUCCAUUGGUUGUCUCAAGGUGAUUUGGUCGGAUUUGGUGGAUGACAGUGAAAUAACUGUGUCCGAAGCAGCAAGUGAAGUGAUAAAUGGUUUUAUAAACUUGGAUAAAAAAUGGGGCUAUAUAGACAAAUUAUUAAAUGAUGUUAACACCGAGGUGCCCAAAGAGUUACGGCCGGAUAACAAGUUCUAUCCAAAAGAGGAGUUUUUCCAAAACAUUUCUGAUGACAGUUGGAGAGAGAGAUUGGCUGGACGCAAACACUGGGUUGCGGAAAGUGGUGAUGAUUUUUCAUCACUUAUGGAUCACAUCUUGAAUAUUAACAGCAGUGGAGAAUUUGAUCGUAAUGCAGUUGACUGUUAUUGAAUUACACUUGACCGAACAGGCUAAUCCGAACAUGGUUAAUCCGAACGUCCGCUUAAUCCAAACACGUUUCCGAUAUUAUUUUUUAUAAAUUUUCACUAUAUAAAAUGCAAUAGGAAAGGUAAAAUAUCUUGAAAUGAAGUAUAAACAGAGUAAUCAAUUAAGGAAUACAAUGGUUUGUUUAUUACGUAAAGUUUAAAUUUACAAAUCGUAAUAAAAAAAACAAAUAAAACAAAGAAUUAUUUUGUAAGAAAUAUUGCACAUACCGUACUGAAAAAUUAACUUUGGUUAGGCCUACUUGUUAUUGGACAUGAAGUCCCGCAUUGUCAUUUGCUGCAGUUUAGUAAGUCUGUUUUUUGCCGCGUAGUUCCGCCAUUUUCUCAUGAACAUCACAUCUGCAGGCGUGGCAGUAGACUGUUGUUCUAAGUAGCGAAGGGCAAGGUCAAGCGCUGCAGCUGCCUCAUUGUGUGUCACUUUCUCCUCUCCUCCCCCGCCCCUUGCUCGUCAUCGCUACCCUCCCCCUCGUCUCCCUGAACAUGAUCUUGCGUCACUGCUGCUAUGAUGUCCACGUCAGUCAGAGUCUCUGCACUAGUACCGUCUGCCGCCAUCCAUUCAUCCACGUCCUCUUCGACCGCGUUUUCACAACCAGGAAUGUUAUGAAUCAUUGGUAACAAGUUAACUGGGUCAUUUUCGGUAGGGUUUUCUUCAAAAUCUAACGAUUUCCACAACUUUUUCCACAAUUUUCUUAUUGCUCCAGUUGUCACAUUUUCCCAAGAUUCAGCUGCCCAAUACACAACAUCCUUUACGUUUGUCUGUUUAAUUUUUUGUACCAAGGGGAUUGUAUCAUCUUCAAUUAGGGACUUUAAAAAGUGUUUGCGAUACUUAAGCUUCAGAGCCUGCAAAACCCCCUGGUCCAUUGGUUGCAAUAAUGGCGUCACGUUUGGAGGUAAAAAGGCUGCCUUUAUUUCGCCACAUGUAAGUUCGUCGACGUCUGGGUGGGACGGUGCAUUAUCUAGCAAAAGAAUCGCACGUGGGGGAAUGUCAUUUUCUUGGCUAAACCGUUUAACAGAUGGUACAAAUUGGUCAUGGAACCAUUCUUUAAACAGUUACCCGUCCAUCCAGCCUCUCUUCUGGUUCCUGUAAUACACUGGAAGUGAUUUCAUGUUUAUAUGUUUGAAGGCUCGAGGCUUAGCAGCUUUGCCUAUCAUCAUAAGAGGAAGCUUAUGGUUACCAGCAACAUUGGAACAAGCCAUAAUGGUUACUCGGUCCUUACACAUUUUAAAACCAGGAGCACGACUUUCUGAUUUAGAGGCCAAGCUUUUAGUUGGCAGUGCUCCAAAAUUUAGGCCGGUUUCAUCGGCGUUAUAUAUCUGUUGGGGGGAAUAAUUUCCUUCGCUUACCAAAUUGUCAAAUGAAGCAAGGUAUUCCUGCGCCGCAGCCUGAUCUGAGGAAAGUUGUUCACCGGUGACAGUGAGCUGCCGAACACCGUGACGUUUUUUCCACCGGUCAAACCAACCGGUGCUGGCUGUGAAGGAACUGUCGCCAUUUAACAGAUUGUUCAACUGAAUUGCCUUUUCUUGAACGAUAGGUCCACUUAAAGGGGUUCCCCUUUCCCUUUCUUGGGAGAACCACAGAAAAAGCGCUUCGUCGACUUUGUCAUACUGUGACUGUCGUGCUGUUUGCCGAUUUUCAAGGGUUACCUCUGAAGACGUUGUGCAAUAUUGUUGAAGUUUCGCACGGUUUUUUUUCCAGUCGCAAAUUGUAGCUUUGCCAACGUUUAGCUCUUUCACUAGUUUAGUCACACUUUCACCACUAUCUAAGCGUUUUAAAGUUUCCAGCUUAUCUUUAAGAGUCAAAGUGUUAUGUUUAUGUUUAUUAGACAUUGCACUUUCUAUCACACUAAAAACCGGUACACACGCAAAUCCACAGGUGACUGACCGCACUACGUAAACAAAAGCAGACUAGAUCAAGGUGUUGUUGUGUUGCUAUUCUGACAACUAAGCUAGGUGUAUUGGUGAGGGGAGGGGGGCAGAACGGGGCAGACGUGUUGGCUACUGUACAGUCUCGGUAAGCAGUGCGUGCAGACGUACAGUCCGCACGCAUUAUCGUCACAUCAUAAACGUCUGCCCACCCGUUCAUAUCGCUCUACGCUAGUUGAUUGUUGAUACGCUAAGUUUAUUAACUAAUGCGCUUAUUUAACUUUUGUUUUUUAAUUUUGUUGUAGUAAAUGGACUAUUAAUAUUGGUUUUUGUGUAUUGCUCGUCUAUAUUACGACACUACGACCCCAUAAAAUUGCUUCCAUCUUGAUUAUCUACGUUAUUUCGGCUAAUCCGAACAAUCAGCUAAUCCGAACGGGGUUCGGUCCCAAUUUGUUCGGAUUAGCCGGACUGCACUGUAUAUACAUAGUUGACUGGUAUAUACAUUCAAAGUUCCUCAGUAUUUUGUAAGUUUGUUUCUACGUGUAAAAAGAAAAUGUUUAUGAUUAUCGGCAAGUUAACUGGCUGUAAACAUCAUGGAUAGUUAAGUAUGUUUUGUAUUUAUUUAAUUAAGUCGAAUAGAAGUGCUAAUUUAUUUAUAAUGUUCAUCAGCUACAAAACAGAAAUAUUUUUUUUCUUUUUAACUCCCAACCUACUUGUAAAACUAGAUCAGUGUAAUGGAUAAACUUUGGUUAAAGGUAAAAACUACCUUGCACUAAGUCCAUAUUAUUCUUUCAUACCUAGUGAGCAAAUUACAUUACUUUUAAUUAAAAAACAAAUGUUGAACUAAACAAAACAACAAUUGUUAUUCCAAUGCAAUAGAAAUAAUGUUAUCAAAGGACAGGAACGGACUAAAUACUUAAGAUCCUUUCCAUAAGUACGUUAUUGUGUCAUCUAAUUUUUUAUCUUAUAAAAGUCUGUUUAGAAUAAUCUAA